AUGUCGUCGACGUCGUCCAAGCCGAAGAGAGCAGGCGGCCUCCGGGGCCUCAGGCCGCAGCCGCUGAGCCUGUCAGCCCGGCCGUCCAAGAAGCCACGCGUUGGCGGCCACGCCGGACCAGCCGGGCCCGUGAUCGUGUACGAGAUCACGCCGAGGGUCGUCCACGCCGACCCACACGAGUUCAUGGACGUCGUGCAGAGGCUCACGGGCAGGCAGCCGUCGUCGACGGAGGCGAUGUCCGGAUCCGGAGCUAGGGACGGCAUUGCCUCGACGUCUUUGGUUCUCACGCUUGGCCAGCAGCAGCGUGCGCCGUGUGGUGGUGACCAUCCGGCGCCUCCUGCUUCCCCGGCUGCCGCAUCAUCACCGCUGCUGUCCCCGAGCAGCUUCUUCUUCUCCCCUACCACUAUGCAGGCGAUACGAGAGCUCAUUAGCUGA